AUGAUGGAGGUGCGGCGGCGCAUUACCACGGCAUCGGCAAAUGGCACACAAACUCAUACGCAGUACGAGCUUCUGAAUGACAAAGCACGGCGAACAUCUGAAGCUAUUGGAUUCAAGCAUUGGAUUUUUGUGAUUGCUGUGGUUGGGAUUGUCUAUGGAGCAGUUGUCUAUCUUCACAGGUUAGUUUGCCCCCUACGAAUCGGGUUGCUGCAAUUCUGCAGGAAGAAAAUCGUGUUCAUUCGUAGGUCUGUAAUCGUAACACGCGCCUUUCUUCGUCUUCAUUACUGUCUGAUAUUAAGCGAAUUAUAA